CUCAAGAUACGGACCGUACCUAUUUUGGUAAGUUUGUAAGCAUUGCUUCGAUCUUUAUUUUUAAUUUUCAGUGGAACUUUUGGUAACGAGCUUUCUUCUUUACCUGAUAGAAUGUUCGAAGAAAGUUGGACGGCAGAAUACCCGGUCACUUCAUCUACAUCUUAGCUUGUUCAAUGAAUAAGAAAGGAUCCGUUGUGUUAUGCCUCGUUCAAGGCGUUCGGAUACAGAUAAGACUUUUACUUACUGAAUUGGCCUGAAGUGGGUAGGUAGUCUGCAGUUAAUUUUACAAUGAACAAGACCACUUUUCAGCAAUGAUACAGGCCUAAAGCUAAGGUUUUCCCUAGGAAGUUGCAUUUCAGAACAACGGUGCGAAUAUUCGCGCCGUCGAUGGCGCGAGUAUCUAGGGGAUUCCCCCCGGAAAACUUUGAAUUUUUGGAAUGUCUGGGCUUACAUUUUGUUUCUUUUGUAAAAAGUUACGCCGUAAAUCAGACAGUAAUGUUGCUUGUGAUUUAAAACGUAAAAAUCAAAUAACACUAGCUUGCUCGAGCAAAAGACAAUGCGAACGUAUCAGAAUGGUUUAGUCAUUUUGAUGGGGAUCCACCACUGAAAAGAAUAUUAUUUCCAUGUGAACAACUUUGGCCCACUGGUAAAAUAGAAAGGAAUCUUGAAUACCACUUCUUCUUUUUACCCCAUACAAAGUUAGCUUUACCGCAGCUUCAUUGUUUCAUAUAGUGUAAAAAAUAAUAACCAGACAGCUUUCACAAUUCUUUCUUGUACCUUUUAUGCAUCAGUCAAUUCCAGCUGUGCCCAGGCCCUCCCGGGCUACUGCGGGGCAUUUGCUCGCCUUGUUAGUCCUGGGGGUGGGGCAUUUGCAAAUUUUGCACUGCCCAGGGGCUGGGCAUUUGCCAACCCCGGGGCUAUUCCCAAACUUUUGACAUGCACGCGGUUUCCUAUCAGAAUAUAACUACACAGAGGAUUUUGCUGGAAAAAACAAGCAUAUCAGCUCAUCUAUCAAGGACAGGAAAAAAUUGAAGAGGGUCAUAAAGGCCUGUUCUCGAUUUUAUGCAUGCAUUUCUUGUUGCUUAUUAAGCCAGAAUUACGAAGCGAAAGCGGGAGCUAUCGACGUGAUUCAACGUUCUUUAGUUAAAUUGAAUCAAAUUUCUGUUGAUAUCAUUUGAAGAAUAUCCUUGCAUAUUUUAUGACAUAACAUAUAACUUUACAGUGCACUAUUAAUUUUAGUGUCAAUAAUUUUAUAACAAGACUAUAAACUGGUGUCAUCGCGGCGUGAAGUCUUGAUUGGAAUCCUAGCGCUAUUACAAAGGAAGAUGUGAAUUGAAACAAAAAAUCGCACAUUAAAAUGCUUAAAAUGACACUAUUAGACAGUGCAGUCAAUGAAAAAUGUUGCAGUGCUGUUGGAGGAUGGGGCAUUUGCCCUCUUUUUUCGUCCCCACCCUGGGGAAUUUAACAGCUCAAAAGUCCCCACCCCCAGGAAUUUGCCAUCCAAGGCAAAAAAAAUGCUAAUGCCUUGUGUGUGUGUGUGUGUGUGUGGGGGGGGGGGGGUUCUGGGCACAGCUGGAAUUGGCUGAUGCUUCAAUAUACAAAUUCAAAAAUUAAAAAUUUACCUUGCCAUUCGGCAUCACCAAACAGAACUACUAAUCCAGUUUCGAAAUUCUAAAAAGAUUCAGGAGAAUAUAAUGUAGAAAAAAUCAAAAUACGGCUAAAGUACUCAAAGAAUUGAAGUAGAGUGGAAAAUGAGAGGACUUUUAAACGCUGUGAGUCAAUACCUCAUUGCAGUUGGUAAAUGUUUUCAAAGAACCAGGAAAUGAACAAGAUACCCGACAAUCUGAUAUUCGCACAUCCAAUUUUUUAAGAAUUCUCAUCUAAUUCUCUUAAGAAAAUUUGAUACUUGUUUAGAAAUUUCGAUUUCUGUGUGCUGAAGUAGAAAGAGUCGUACAGUUGUACAUGUACUCAUGCCAGAUAAUUGACAAGUUCAGAUUUUCAUGAAAAACAGAGAGACCAUACUGCCGAGCUAGCAUUCUGAAAACCGUCACCAGGAUUCGAGAUUCGAAUAUCCUCACGCUUGGAGAAUUUGCUCACCACAAGAGCAAACCCUAAAUUUAGAAUUGCUUGACAUUUGCGAACAAACAUCAAAUGCUCUGGGGAGGUUUCAAUGAUAAUUUUCCUUUUCAUGUAUAUCCUUUGAAAGCUCACUCAGUGCGUCUUGCCGGUGAAGUGUUAAAAGACAUUUGACAUUUCAUUAUAAUUAUGCCCAAGGUUGACGAUUGAGUCUACUUCUUGAUCAAACCCAAGGCAAUGCUUGAACACGCUUGAGAUUUCUAAAGAAACAUUUUUUAGAAGAAUUAAGUCGGAGAAUUUGUGAAAAUGGAUUAAAUCUCAGACUUCCCUCUACUUAACUGUAUCUAACCCAGGGGGGAACUCCUGAUUUCAAGUGACAGGGAUGAUUGAAGGAGUUUUUUGGGUUUGAAAUAUUUGAUUUCGGGAAUUCGUUUUGGGGUAGGAAAAUUUUAGCAAGUAUUUUUUGGGCAGCUUGAUUUAGAUAGGGAUUUUUUUGAGUAUUCAAAACAGUCUGAAGAUUUGUGAUAGUUAUAUCAGUGCUUAUUUUAAUGCUUUCUGGAAAUUUUACAGCUUGGAAAUUCAGUGUGGGUUUUUUUUUUGGUCUUUUUUUGGGGUUUAAUUUUUGCCCUCAUCAAGGUUGUCACUAAGAUUUCAAGUUGCCAGUGUAAAUACAACAAGUGGGAGGGGAAUCAAAUGGCUAGGGAUUUCUUUUGGUUCUAUUUUUCUUCUACUUUCCAAUAAAAGUAGCAAAUACUCUCUUAGUAGCCGGGAAAAUUCCGCCCCCCGGAGGGUUUCUACUUUUUCAAAACAUUUCCGGCUGCCAGGUCACUCCAUGAAACACAGCAUACUUUGCUAUUCAGACCAAUUUUUUUUCAGGGAUCGUGAGUCCCUCUUACAUUCUUCCCAGCUACAACGUUUGCUGUUGAUCAUUUCCUAAUAAAAAUGCGUGAAAAACAUUGCUUUGAGUGAAACGCCAAGGUUUGUCUGAGUCAUGCGUGGGCUCUCAUCUGACAUAAACUAUUUUUAGAAUCUGCACUGCACUAUUUCACGACUUUGUGGACCAAUAUCACUUCUUUGCUCCCUUUGGACGUAAAGCUGUAUCACCUCUUUCUAGCAGUGUCAAUGGAUAUAUUCAAAUGCAGAGCUCUUUACCAAAAAUUGAAAAAUCGUGGAAGGGUGUAUUUUUCUUUGAACACAGCCUUAGUAAGUGAUACAAAUACAUGUAGCUUUGCGUUCUCAAAUAACUUUGUAAACAAUAUUGCAGGAGCAAAUUAAGGUUAAUUGAUUGAUAGUUUGAAUGAAAAGUUGCAUUUCCUUUGAGUAUCUUGAAGUAUUUAAUUUUGUCAGGUUGAACUUAGUAGCCCAGAUGUUAUGGAUUUUGUCUCUUAUGAAAAACUUGCACCUGCACAGUAGGUGCUUGGAAGUUAUGGGUUUGAUAAGUAGAGAACAGGGUGGACAAUGGAAACAUGUAAAGGAGGGAGCUCCCUCUAUCCUCAUGUGUCACCCUAAAUGUCCUCGUUCUUUCCUGCACCUUUAUUACUUGCAAGCAUUUGUUCCCCUUGCACUCCCCUUUCUUUCUUGCACCCAUAUUACUUGCGAGUGCCUGCUAAACAGGCUACUUAAAAUUGUACAUAUAUUUUUCCCGCUUUGUCCUGACAACAAUCUUACAGAUGAAAGAUGACAGGAUGUAAGGGAAGAUCUUAAGAGAGAAGUGAUCUAAAUUAAAAGGACUUAUGAACAUAAUAUUUUCUUGUUCAUUUUAAAAGCCUUCCCAUUUCUUUUUUCUUUUGAAUUUUUUUAGAUGGUUCUAAAGCGAACUUGUUCCAGACAAUACCAUGUCUUCCAUAUUACAUAUUACCCUCUUGGCAAGUGAAUGGAAAUCUUCCAAAGGAGGUCUGUCAACCAUAAACAGGGAGUUAGCCAUACAGUUAGCCAAGCAACCUAAUGUGUCAGUCAGUUUCCUUGUUCCAGAAUAUUCUGAGAACGACAAAGAAGCAGCUCACCUGUAUGGUAUAAAUGUAAUAAAGGCGGAAAUGUUAACUGGUUAUGAAGGAGUUGAGCGGUUGGUGUCCCCACCCGAGAGUCUACUGAUUGAUUUUGUAGUUGGACAUGGUGUAGUUCUUGGAAAGCAGGCGCAGAUAAUAAGACGCUUACACAAUUGUAAAUGGGUGCAAGUUGUACAUACUGCCCCUCAUGAACUUGCAAUGUUUAAAAGUUACCCAGGUGCCAUUCCUAAGGGAGAUGAAAAGCAAAGGAACGAGUUAAGCCUGUGCGAAAAGGCUGACCUUGUCAUAGCUAUUGGACCCAAACUAAAGGAAUUUUAUUCAGCCUACUUGAAUCAGCGGGGGAAAAGAGUUUACAACUUAACCCCUGGAAUCUUUCACAACUUAUCGUCCAUAAGAGUUUCUUGUCAGACUGGUGCAAAGUUUCGUAUUUUAGUUUUUGGUCGAGGGGACGAAGAGGAUUUUGCAAUUAAAGGGUAUGACAUUGCUGCUCAAGCAAUUGCCAAGCUGGCCGACAAGAGUUAUCAUCUGACAUUUGUUGGUGCAUCCAGUGAGAGCGAGAACCAAUUAAUAGAUAAAUUGCUUGAGCAAGGCUUGGAUCGAAGCCAACUGAUUGUCAUAGGGUAUCAGGAGGAUCGAGAUUUUCUCGAGGCAAUCAUGCGUGCCUCAAACCUUGUCUUAAUACCUUCCAGAACCGAGGGUUUCGGUUUAACAGCACUAGAAGCACUUUCUGCUGGUUUGCCAUUUCUUGUAAGUCAAAAUAGUGGAUUUGGAGAGGCACUACGUGAAAUUGGCACAUCCUUCGUAGUAGAUUCUGAGGAUCCAAAUCGCUGGGCUGAGGCCAUCAGACGCAUUCGGGAGAGGGGGAGUGAAAAGGCAAUACAGGAGUGUCAGCAACUAAGAACACGCUAUGCAGAGAAGUACAGCUGGGAAAAGCAGUGUAGGAAAUUUGUGGAGAUCUUGCAGUCCUUGCCUCACAGUGAGUCUUGGUAUUCAGUAUUUUUUUAUAUGCAAUGUUGGCAGACUGCUGUAAGCAAUGUAUAUUUAUUAAAUUUAGUGUAACUCUUACUUACCAGUAAUUAAAGGAAUUCCUAGUUUGGGUUUGUAGGUAGUGUUCAUGGGAGUAGGUAUGACUAGGAGUGUUUAGAGUCAUCAAGCAUGUGAGUAGCCAAGUGGAUUUGUAUUCGCAAUAUUUGGAUUUUCGGCCAGGAGAAAGUUAGUUCAAAAGUCUUUCAGAAAAUGCCAACUUGAUUUUAAAAAAAUACUUUGACUGCAUGCUCGUCCUUCAAGCACACAUACCCACAUGUAUGCCCACACACCCAAGUAAAGUAACAGAAAACAAAAAAGCUUUUUGGUACAACAUUGACAACUUGCUGCCAGUUAUGUAACUAUUGUGUUGAUGGCAAAGUGGUAAAAAUCUUACACAAGUCAUGAAGUGAUAUGAAGUCUCAGUUAUCAUUAAUCGCCACAGUAAUGGCCCAUGUGAAAAUUAGUUGAAAGCUAGCAUUUGUCAACGUUUGAAUGCAUUAAUUCUGGUGGGGCUAAUGAGACUAGGAGAAUAUUGCUUAUCACAUACAGAAUCAGUGGGUCUGACGAUUUUACUUAUGUUAAAAGUGUUAUAGCGUGGUUGAAUUAUAUUAUUUUUAAUCAAACAGAGGGGCCCUCAAUUCAUUGUCAGAUUGACAAUUUUGCUUCCUUGACUCCUUCUGGAACUUCAGCUUAUCAACAAGAUGUGAGACUAACGGAUCAAUCACCAUCCUCUUCAAGUACAAACCAAAGCAGUUUAACAGGUAUGGAAUAAAUUCAGUCUUGAUUAUCAUUGCCUAUGAUGAUAAUGAUGAUGAUGACGAUGAUUAUCAUUAUUAGAGGGUAUUAUCUGCCCAAACUAGACUUUGGUGGUCGUGUAUAACACCCUUUUGGUUCCUUGACAGCCUCAGCACGUAAACAGAUGUUUUACCUUGCAGAUGUUCUGUAAAAAACAGUUGGGGUAGUAAUUGGUCCCCUUUUGUCUUUGUACAAUUUAUAAAUCUUCUCCCUUUUCAUUAGUUUUGUCCAAUAACUUUGUAUUAUUUUAAAAUUAUUUGAUGUCAACCAUAAAGCAAUGGAAAAGUCUUUCAAAUCUGAUAAGUACAGAAGGUAUCUGUGUACAAUUAGCUUUAACAGUAUUGGCAACUUCAUCUUUCAGGAAAGAAAACCCCCUUUUUUCAUAAAUCAAUAUGAUAAUAAACACUAUUACUUUGUGUCUUUAUUUUGGUCUUAUGUAUCUCUAUCUUAUUUUCCUUCUUUUCAGAUAUAAAUAUGAUUCUGUCUCUGGGAGACCUCCUUUUCAAAUGCCUUGUAGUUUCCAGUGGCCUGUUAGCCACAUUUUCUACCAUUUCAUUUUCUCUAAAAUAAUUGUUUUCUUUUUUUGCAUAAAUGUGCAUCUUUAACUAUUCAGGAUUUGGGGCUAAACUAGGUGAAAUUUUUCCGAACCCCAUUUUAAAUGUUACUUCACUGAAGUGAUUCCCCUAAUAACAUUUCAUGACUUUCGCGAUCCCCCCCCUCCCGCCAUGUCUUCAUUUUCCAAGCAAAUUUGAGUGGUCCCCCCUCUGAAUCCUUCCAAAGUUUUCAGUAAUCCCCCCUUUUGGGUUCUCAGUUACGAAUUGAUCCUUGUACUGUCGCAAUUUGCAAUAAUCAUCGCAUUUUGUAAUACCUGUCACAAUUUGUAAUAAACCGUAUCGCCCUUUAGUAACAAAAAAGCUGUCGCAAUUUGUAAGAACUGUCCGUUGCACUUUGUAAUAAACUAAGCUGUUGCAAUUUGUAAUAAUUCCAUCGCAUUUUGUAAUACUUUCUUGAGAGUGAUUCAGCUUACUUCGUCAACAUUAAUGUAAUGCAAAAAUAUGCAUGGUACUUCAUAAAGAAAGAUGAUGACGUCUGCACGUAACAUCUCCGUAACAUUUUCUUUGGUCAAACAUGGAUGUCUUCCGCUAUAAAUUUUUCUGCCCUUAUUAAUCACGUGACCAACUAGAAUCGCGUUUAUAAAAGACAUGAAACUUCCUGUGACAUCACCAAAAAGAUAUGAAUCAUGUUUAAAUUCAACAAUAUUUAAAUAACAAAAUCAACAUUUAACGACAGAUAAUUCAUGAAUAACCUGGCAUUCGUCGUCCAAAUCCAUGUUUGCUUGCCACGUGACACGUGAAGUCUUCUUGGGUGGGGGGAUAAUCCCAUAUAUGGAUGGGCUAGAUAGGUAAGUACCGCCUCAUAGGGUAUGGGAGGAUAUCGAGCCUUUAAUGGGGCAUCAUUUUUUGCCUUGUUGUCCUUGCGUCUUUGGUUGUAUCCUUAGAUAGGGUAACUCAAGUAGUAAUGGAUGGUUUAUUCCAUCCUUUCCAUUUUGUGGAAAAAAAGUAAUCCUGAACACGCUCGGAAGAAUUGCAAGGUCUUACGUAUUGUAUAUACGCAGGGAAGGAGAAUUUUUUACUAUCCCCACGGUAUUUGCUUUAGAGGUUUCCAUAUAGAAAAAAUUGUGUUAAGAUGGAAUGAGUACUCCUUUUGUUCCUUGAUAUGGGAUCAAAUCAAGUGAGAAUAAUGGACCAAAUGGCCAGCCGGCUCAGCGUAAGACCCCAAGUGAGUUUUGUAAAAAAAAUACAUACGUUGAAGGUAUUGGCCUGCGACUAAUUGGGAUUUUGUGUUUAUGUUUCUGUUGUGGUUCGACGGUUUGUCACUGGUGACGUUUUUUGGUUUAUUUGCAGUGAACAGUUUGAAUCUUUCCAGGCCUCGUUUGAUUAACUUGGCCAAAAUAUGGAAGCCACUAUUACUUCUUUAAGAUUGAGCGUUAGACAAGGACGGUGCACCACGUGUUGUGUCGACCUGUUAUAAGAUCUAACAAGGAAAGCUUGAACUUUUCUGGUGUCCUGAUACGAAUGAUGUAGGAUGGAUGUUACGAUUUGCGGAAAUUAAAUGCCUUUUAAUAAUGGCUCGUUUGUAUCUAGUGUCUCUAGAUCCUGUACUCUGACAACUAAUGCUCUGUCCAGAGGCACAUACCCGUAUUGGCCAUAUAAGGAAGAACACCCGCCGGGUAACCAUUGAAUGCAAACCACCUAGUACAAUAGCAAGGUUUAAGAAUGCAGCAUUUCGUAAGUCAGAUAACUAAACAACAUUAAUUUUUAAAAAAUGUUUAGGACUGUGAAUAAAGUUAAAUAGUUUGAAUGAGCGGAGAUGUUACGUACGUGCUAGCAGACGUCAUCAUCUUUGUUUAUGAAGUACCAUGCGUAUUUUGGCAUUAUAUUAUUGUUGACGAAGUAAGUUUAAUUACUCUCAAAAAAUUGUUACAAAGUGCGAUGGAAUCAUUACAAAUUGCAACAGCUUAGUUUAUUACAAAGUGCGAUGGACAGUUAUUACAAAUUGCGACAGCUUUUUUGUGCGACACGGUUUAUUACAAAUUGCGACAGGUAUUACAAAGUGCGAUGAUUAUUACAAAUUGCGACAGUACAAUCUUCCCUUUUGUUCUCCUAAAAAUCAAGUGACCCCCCCAAAGGCGAUAAAUAAUGACCGGUCCCUAAGGGUAGUUAAUUAUAUAUGUAUUAUUUAUUUGUUUGUUUUAGCACAAGAGGCGCCAUUGUCUUUGUCGAAGAGGAAAGUACCUCAAGUUCCAAAUGAGAAACAGUUCAAAGGUAUUAAAUGUAAGAGAGACCUAUCAGUCGAAAACAAUAAACAAACCAAGAAAAAAAAAACAUCAACACAAGCGCCUGUUAAGAAAUUUUGCGUAAGAGCAGGCUUUAAGUUGAAUUUGUGUUUUUGGUGACAAAACUGAUUGGGACAUUUUUCACAAUUUUGACUGAAAAUGUCAAAACGCAGUUGUGGCGGUGAAAUGUAAAUAUGACGCAUUAUGCAUGGUUCAGUAUGACCUGUUACCCCCCCCCCCCCGGGCAACCCUCGGGACAAGUCCAGCCCUUCGGGCCCGGGGGUAGGGGAUGGGGCAAAUUAAAAAUAUCUUAUCUUUGAUUUUGCGAAAAGUACGUGUCAUUUCUCGCGCGUUUUACACGAUGGCUGCGGAGCGCAAGACUACGUAUUUCAAGGAAAAAGGCAGGAAGUUGUCGGAGAGUGGUUGAACAGGAAGUAAUAUAUCAAACAUGAGAUGCAGUGUUUCAUCACCAGAUGAAACACCGAGAAGAGAGUUGAAAAUACGACGCGCAGCGGAGUAUUUUUGACGAACUUCGAGGUGUUUCAUCUGGUGAUGAAACACUGUGUCGAAUGUUUGAUAUUUCUUCUCAAACAAAAUCAUUUUUUAAGGAGAAAUUAAGGAUGCAAAUACUAAGCAGUGUUUCAUCCGAUUUCCAAACACUCAUUAAACAUUAAUUUCCUUUGUAUUUUCUUAAUGAAUUAUUAAUGAGUUUGAGAAUAACUUAUCACAAUUAAAGUCUGUAUUUAAAGGUAUGUUUUAAAAUUUAAAACGAAUGUUCCUGUGAUGCGUACUCCAAAAGAAGGACAGACAUAUUUCUUCAGCCUAGCUUUAAAUAAUGACAAGAAAACUUAUCAGUAUGAAAACGAUUACAAAGCUUUGGUAUAUAUAGAGAAAUAGAAAUUCGAUCCAGUGUUCUUAUGAAGUGUUCUAUCAAGGAGGCCCUUUUUAAAGAGUUUUUUCUUCUUCGUUUUCGUUUUCAAAUUUAUUGUUCAUUUAACUUCAUUAUGACAUCUAUUAUCCUUCUCUCAAAAAACUCAAGAAAGCGUUUAUAAAAGUUGUGAAAACGUCUCGUUUUGCUUUUGUGCGGAUCAAAAAGAUGUACCCAAGAAACGUACAUGAGGUCGAUCUGGAGCUCGGAGGUGGGAAAUUGUCUCUUUCUGCGUGCUCGGGGGUGGGAAAUAGACCUCCAACAAAGAAAACAUUGCAAAUCCCCGGUGGGAGUCUGCCCGAGGUGGGAGGGGGCAUGGUUACAAAUCAAUUUGAACCAUGCAUUAUCACUCCAUGCUAUUUUUUCUGCCAUUUCAUAGCAAAUAUUUCCUAACAAGAUCGAUCCUGGACAUAAGUGUUUUCAUUGGCCAAGACAAACUCGGUGACCGAAUAAUAAAACGAUUAUAGUACUCGGUUGUCGCAAAAUAUCGUGAUUUGUCAGUGUCUCGCAAAUCAAUUAUUUGCCACAUUCGAACUGCGAGACACUGACAAAUCCAAUAAUUGUUUAUUAUCUCGCCCAGUUGUUUUGUGUAUUAUUGAUGGUAAUUCUGAUCGUACAUUUUAUGGCUACAAAAUAUGAAAUUCUUCGAUCUUUGUGUGUGUUUGUUUAAUUCAGCAACCAAAUUGGAAUCACCUCCCUCAGCCUCGUCAAUUAUUGCAUCGCUCGAAGGUUCUUCAACGAAUUUAUUCCCGGAAAGGCCCCAGGGAAAUCUGAGAACGAUGCAAGAUUCAUCAGAGACAACACAGCACGAUGCCUCGAAUGAGACGCCUAUAACAACAGGUAGAUGUCUCUUUCUCUCAGAUUUAGCGAAGAUUGAACGCAUCUCCCGGUUGUCAACUUUAAGCUCAACCAUUGGUCAAUUCGUCUUUUAGAUCUGUGCAAGCCAGGAUGACUGUCUUAGCGUUGUCUUUGUUAAAUCUGCCUUUUCUACGCACUAAAGAGUGUCAUCUAAUUUAAGUAGUUAUUGAACGUCUACAGUGGUCACUGUCUGUCCCCAUGAGCAAGACGUUUUCCCAGUGGUCGAAAAAUUUUAUUGUUUUAUAUAUAAGCCCUGAUAAAGGCGAGGUCCCGGUUGUUCAUAUGGUGGAUAGCGUUAUCCACUGGAUAAAUCACUAUCCAGCGGCUAAGUAUUAGAAAAACCAAAAACCAUUUGGUGUUAUCCGCUGAUAGUGCUAUCCAUCUUUAGAACAACUCAGACCAGAAGAAAAUGUUGCCAUACAAAUCUUAGUCUGCUACACAGCCGUUUUAAGUGUCGUCACGCAACGCUGGACCGAAAACAAAUCUAGCCUUACAUACGCUAAUGUAGAUAGGAUUUUAUAUUUAAAGUUAAGACCUUGCGUCCUUAUAGUCAAAUAGGGGCAUUUAUGGAUGUGGGUUAAGCCUUCUUGUGAGAAAAGGAAAGCGGAUAACCAUAUGCAUGAAUGAUUUGUUUAAUUUCAUUUCCUUCAAAACUGAAUUUGUUGAUUGGAAUGUAACUCGAAUUAAUCCGUAAUUUAGUGAACCACUGAGGAUCUUGUAAAAUAGUGAAAAUUUGUGCGUGCUUGCUAAAGGCUUCACCUUUUAUCCAUUGUUUAAGACAAGUCAAGUCAAUGUAGCUUAGUUGAUUGGCAGUAUUUUUGUCUUGUAGCCUUAGCAUUACUUAGCUGCAAUGUAUCAGCUACGUCGUUGCACGCUGUGGACCAUGUUUUAGAGAUCAUUGGUAACACAGUAACAUUUGUCACGACUCGACUUAAAGGAACAUCACCAACCCAAGUCAAGGAUUACCUAGAACGGGAAAACUUACCCAGGAUAUGUUUGUUGCUUGUGGACGCAGAUGAAGUAAACCGUGCCAGUCGAUAUUCACUUCUUGAAGAACUAGAAUACAAAGAUCUUUUCAAAACAGUUCUGGAUAGAGUUGGUAAGUUGCCCUGGGGGAAUUCCUGAGGCUACUCCUGAGAAUUCUUGUUGGGGUUGUGCUUAGUGCUAGUCCCCUGUUCUUCGAAUCCUGACCCUUCGUUCUUUUUUGCCCCUAGUUCUGAAAUGCUUACAUAACACAGUGACUGCAUUAGCUAACACUAAUGUUAAUAAAAAAUAAGAAAGCGAAUUCCUGUAAUAGAAAAAAAAAAACGUCCUAGUAACUGAGCGCGCUGUACCAAUCGCUCUUAGGCCUUAGUUCGAAACUGUAUCCCUCCAGCGCAUGCUCAACAAAGAUCUUACUCGAUCGAUUCAUUCAGAGUCUCUCUCAAGUACGCCAAAUCAAGCAAAUGAGAGAAAUACUCUGCUAGCAGGGUGAUGCUCAUCUUAUCAGCUCUGAAUUGAUAAAUGCACGAUGCCACAAAGAACUUUGCAUGUAAUAUAUCAAAAACGACACGCAGAGUUUCAUCCGAUAUCCAUCAGACACCUAGAAGUGGGUUUAAAAACAAGGUGCAGCCGAGAUUUUUAAGACCGACUUCGAGUAGCUGGAUAUCGGAUGAAACAUUGCGUAUAUAGCUUCUCAAAUUAACAAUAACUUAAUUCUUGGAGAAAUUCAAAGAUAAAGUUUGCAAAAUUUUAUGGUAAUUAAUAUCCGAUAUCCAAACCACCGUCACGGUUGGGAUUUUGUUUGUUUUCUCUUUAUGAAUUAUUAAUGAGUCUGAGAAGCAUGAAUGGAGUCGUAGCUUUCUAGUGGAAGGAAAAGUUGAUGUUCGCAAUCAGUGUAAAUUAUCAGAAUAAUUAAAAAACAUUUUCCUUACUUUUUUGCUUGGCUUUGAGUCCAGACAAAUAAUAGUAAACUUUAAAUUGUUAUGUUCUUUUCUUUUUUGCAGCUGAAAAGGUUGUAAUUGUGGUCUGUGCUGACUGCCAUUUCUCACAAGAAAAUGAGGUCCAACUAUUCAUUGAGGGCGUGGUUGAGAAAAGGGAAAAGGGAUUCAUUGUGUGGCUAAAAGGUGGAGCGCUGUCUGUUGACCCGGAUAUUUUGGCACACAUUUUGAUUCCGGGGCAACUUUCAACUCAGGUAUCACCAAAGCGAAGUUGCCCUAAAAUGCCAAGGGGUGUUGCUGCCUCUGCUUCUGCCACUAUAACGCGUCCAGUAAAUGUUGAUGAAAGAGAAGGAUGUCCACCUUUUUUUACAUUAGCUGAUCUGCUGAGUCGUGAUGUUAGCCUUCACCCAGCACUUGGUAUCCAAGCGCAUCAAGAAAAGCAUUCCUUAUCAAACUCGACUUCGACGGAUUCUUACGAGUUGAUAGAUGAAGCGAUCAACUCUGCUGAACAAGGCAUCUUGGCAGCUCAAGAACCGGUUUCCACGCCUGUCACAAAAUCAACGAGAGAUACUUGGUCGCAAGAAAGCUCAAAAACUGUCCUCGACUGGAGAAAACUUGAACAUGGUAGGAUUAGCGAUGUAGUCGUCGUCGAGCAACCCCUGCCACAUCUGAUCCCAGGCCUUUUCCGUACACGACUAGAACGGCCGGAACCGCAGAUUCCGGAGGAGGUUGAACAAGAUCUUUUGAAACAGUUUGGAACGACACCUAAAGUUGAAGUAAAAGUCGUGUCAAAUCAAGGUGUACUAAAGUGGUUCGCUGAGGAAAAUUCCCGGGAGGCUAAGGAAAUAGCGGAAAAUGAGGCUCUUAUGCUAAAAACUGGUGUUCGUUACGGCCAAGUGUCUAUGGAGGAAAACGACCUUCAAUUCAGGUAUCCAGAAUGGACCGUUCCUGAGUGCAUUCUCCAAAAAAUUGAAAGUGGCCAUAGGGACAUGCCCAGUGGGGAACUCAAUAUCAUUUCUGACGAGAAAGGAAACUUAAGAUUCCAUGUAUCAUAUAGCUAUGAACAGGAGACAUUAGCUCGACUUCUUCCCUUACUGGGUAGAGCAUAUGGUGGUGUUCCCUUUCCCGGAUUUCAGUAAAUGACGUUUUGUUGUCAGCCGUUUUUAGAAUAAACUUGCAUGCAUCCAAGUGUGCAAGUGGAAAAAUCUAGGUCAAUUUUGAACACAUGGAACUGUUUUUAGUUCAUUGCAUAUGUAAUGCUCAAAAGGUCUACAGUCGAACCUCUCUAUAAUGGCCACCUUGGGGACAGAAGAACGUGGCCGUUGUAAAAAGGGGGCCUUUGUAGAGAGGUUUUAAACAAGAG